CUGGGAGUCGUGUACUAACGACGAGUAGCUUGAAUAGUACAUGUCCGCAUGCACAUACCCACAGCCCCACCAAGGCUAGUCUCAUCAGCAUUGGCAACGCUUGAACUUAAAGCUGCAGGAGUUAAGCCUUGUACCGGGGUUGGGGACUGCAAUUAAGCUAUGACCUAUUGGCAGUCCAAUUAGUGUCCACAGCUCGCUCCUUCUCCAGCUGAUCUGUAUUGCUUGGUUUGUAAGCUGCACUGUUUGUCAGCGUCAAUCCUGCAAGUGGGGCCAUAGUGUUUUGCUGUUGUUUUCAAGAAAGUCAGCCUUGUAUUAAGUUUCCAUGUCGUCCCAUUUCUCAUUGUAUAAGUCACUUCUUUACGCAUCAGUCAUUUCCUCACAUAAUUCCCCAUAGCAUACCACUGUGCAGCAUCUUCGCAAUGAAAGAAGCACCCAAUUGGCCAAUUGAUGGGGGCGAACGAGCCUGGCUCUCGACCUUUGGAGCUUGGUGGGCUAUCUUCAUCACCUUUGGCUGGGUCAAUUCACUGGGAGUGUUCCAGUCUUACUACGAACAAACCCUCUUGCGGGAUUACUCGCCAUCAGCAAUCGCGUGGAUCGCAUCAGUUCAACAGUGCUUGAUCUACAGUGCAGGCAUUGUUCUUGGCAAAAUCUUCGACGGCUAUGGACCCCGCUGGCUCCUCAUUAUCGGUGGCCUUGCACAAGUUUUCGGUCUUAUGAUGACUUCGAUCUCUACGGAAUUCUACCAGGUUUUCCUGGCUCAAGCGGUCUGCAGCGCAAUUGGCGCAAGUGCUGUCGUGUAUGGUACUCUGGGCGCUCUUGCGACCUGGUGGAAAGUGCGAAGGGCCACUGCAUACGGUAUUGCCACUUCUGGCUCGUCGAUUGGUGGUGUCAUCUUCCCUGUCAUGGUCAAUCGUCUCAUUCCACAAGUCGGAUUUGGAUGGACCAUGCGUGCGGUUGCUUUCAUUAUCCUGUUCGGAGUGGCUGUAUCCGCAGUCACGAUCCACUCAAACAGGGCUCACACCCCGACCCCAUUCUACAUCCAUACAUACCUGACGCCGUUGAAAGACAAGAGAUUUGCCCUACUUUGUGUGUCAAUGACACUGUUCGGAUUUGGAUUAUUCCUUCCGUUCAAUUUCCUUCCCUCGGCCGCGCAAUCUCUAGGCAUGUCUUUUGAGUUGUCAAUUUACGCGAUAGCCGUCCUUAACGCUGUGAGCGUCUUCGGGCGGAUUCUUCCCGGAUUCCUCGCAGAUUCCUUCGGCCGCUUCAACAUGAUGAUGAUCUGCACACUGGUCUCCGCCAUUCUUACGUUGGCGCUCUGGCUACCUGGACAUAAUAACGCAGCCACCCUCAGCUUCGCGGCAUUUUUCGGUUUCUUCUCCGGAAGUUACGUCUCGUUGACACCUGCUCUGGUGGUAGAGGUUUCACCUCCUACAGAAAUUGGACACCGCACUGGCGUACUCUAUUUCUUCAUCUCUAUUGGUGUCCUUACAGGAAGCCCCAUCGCGGGUGCGCUUGUGGGAGCUAACGAUGGCAAAUACACCUACCUGAAGAUAUUUGCCGGCGUGACCAUGCUUGUAGGAGCGCUGUUGAUCGCUGUCCUCCGCUUCUACAUCCAUCAUCUAGCAGCGAAGCCAAAACCAGCACCAGUGGAGCCCGCUAUGGAAGAGACGGGGAAACAGUAAUAAUUAAUCACGAGACUGAGAGGGCAUCGUAAAAGAGGAAGUACGGAGUGGCAAUAUGUAUUCGGCGCGAAUGAGAGAGCAGAAAAGUUAAAGCAUGGGACGAGACUCACGGAAUGGCAUAUUUAAGAUAAUUAUGGUUUGUAUAUAUUGCGGUAUCGAUUGGUCCAUACAAAGUCUGCCUAUACUCCUGACACACUACCACAGUCUAGUGUGUUACAGGUCAGGUAUAUAGUCGUCUUCUCCUAGCUAUAUAGCAACUCAGCGCAGUAUUCCAUCAACCCGAUAGUCCUACGUUGUCAUUUACCGUGGCUAUCAGUGUACUACAGCGGGCUACGCCGCCACAGUGUCUAUAUAGUCUCUUGUCCCUACUCAG